AAUGAGAAAUCAGACUGAAACCGAACGGAAACAAAACUUCAUUUUAAAAUGGUUUGAUUUCCGAUUCCCUUACAAACAGAAAUCGAUUAACUCUGACAGAAACCUGAUCGAACGGACGGAUUGAGACCCUAGGCCUCGACACUCGGCAUUCCUCAUCAACGACAAACUCGAAGAGGAAAUCCUGGGUAUAGCUAUCCUGGAGUCCAAUUUUCUCGAGAAGUACUCUCAGAGCAUCUUGCAUCAAACGAGUUGCAGUUAUAAUUCAGGUUAGCGGCAACCUCCAUACCAACUGAAGAUGGAACCCAAUAGCAUUUGCCUAGAUUAAAUAAAUAGCAAUAUCACACACACAAUCAACAUAUUUAUUGUAAUUAUGUUUUUUGGAUGUCCUUAAACUCGAGUAUAAUUCUUUUUGAGAAUGUGAUAUCCUGUGAUUGAUCAUUACAAUCUUGUGAUUAUCCACAUUCUCUUUGAAUAUUGGAAGGAAUGGCUAGUGGUACAAACCACCUUCAAGAGUCGACAAAAUGGACAAAACAUGAAGUAGAUACUUUUGUUAUGUUAAUGGUAGAUGCAAUUCCACUGAUUUUUGUUCUUCAGGAAUAGUUUGGGAUCAGGAUUGUGUUUGUCAAAUACGAAUUGAUUUUUUGCUCCCGUGGAUCAAAUUGGUCCUAAUAUUGACAUGGGAGCAAGAGAUCAGGAAAAAAAAGAAGAAAAAGAGAUGCUAUGGCAGUUCCAGAACAACAUUAAGGGAUCAAAUUAACCCCGAGCCAUGAUACUUUCCUUAUCAUGCCCUACUCCAUUUCGUGACUCAGCAUAGUUUCGUGCCCUCCUCAAUCUCUCAAUGGAAGUGGAGACACACAUAGAUCUCUCUCUCUCUCUCUCUCUCUCUCUCUCUCUGUAAUUUGUCUAAUAGUAGUGGGGGGGGUUUGCUCCGAUCGAUGUCUAACGACUGCUAGUGGAGCCUCCACUCUCUUGUAGCCCUCUCUCCUUUGUUAUCUCGUACUCUCCAUCUCCCACUUUCGUAAUCUCAGUCCGGUCUCCUUUUCGGUCUCUCUCUGACCUUGAUCUUCUUCUGCUUUCCCUCUCUCUGACCUUAGGCUUCUUCCUCUUCCUCUUCCCACCUUGAUCUUCUCCCUAUCUCUCUCCGUCUCUAUCUUUGUGUAUCCUGAUUGUUGUCUCUAAGCUUCGGAUUUACAACCUCAAACCCUAGAGCAACACACACACAAUUUGAUGUAUUUUUCUUUCAUCAAUCACUAACCAUUUAUUCCCAAAAUGACCUCAAGUCCUAUUCAUCGUGAACGAGAAUUCCAUUUAUUAUUUUUCUUGGAUAUUCCAACUUUUUUUCCCUUUUUGACCUUGGGAUUUUAUCUAUUCCCAUUUCGGCCCAUAAAGUCGCACACUAAACUCGAUUAACAACAACAACAGAGCCUUAUCCCAAUUAAAUUGGGUCAGCUACAUGAAUCCUCGCUCUCCAAUUUUCUCUAUUCGUAGUCAUACAAGAAACGAAUCCUAAGCUAUGUAUGUCUUUUCUCAUCACUUCUCCAAUGGUUAUUUUAAGCUUGCCCCUGGCUCUUUUAGUACCUUCCAUCUGAAUCAAAUCACUCCUUCGUACUGGAGCAUCCCAAGGUCUUCGUUCAAUGCGGUUAUGCCACUUUAAACGACAUUCUCGAAGCUUAUCAUGUAUCAGUGCUAUUCUUAACUCGGCUCUAAUAUGCUCAUUCCUUACUUUAUCCCUCAUAAGUUUUUCACUCAUCCAUCUCAACAUCCUCAUCUCCACUACACUUAGUUUAUCUAUAUGGUAUUUCUUAACUGUCCAACAUUCCACACCAUACAUUAUAACUGGUCGAGUAACAGUCUUAUAAAAUUUUUCUUUAACUUCAAUGGAAUAAGCCGAUCAUAUUGCAUUCCGGACACACCUUUAUAUCACCUUUUUUUUUUUUUUUUUUUUAUUAUGAUUAUGAUUGAGCCUAGAUACCUAAAAUAAUGACUUGUGGGAUCACCCUCUCAUUGAUCUACACCACCUCAUUAACCAUCCCAAUGUAACUAAAGUUACACACCAUAUAGGCCGUAUUUGUUUUACUUAUCUCAAGACCUUUUGAUUCCAAGUUUGAUCUCCAUAACUUCAACUUGGCGUUAAUCCCUGCUUUUGUCUAAACCCGAUCAUCUUUACAAAGUCCAAUGGAGUCUCAGUGGCAGUAAUAGGGUACAGGCUAAUUGAUCGAGCUGGCUCUCUCUCUCUCUCUCUCUCUCUCUCUCUCUCUCUCUCUCUCUCUCUCUCUCUCUCAAAGCUAUAAAUAAAUAGAGAGAAGGAUUUGUUGUCGUUGUAUAAAUAAAUAGAGAGAGAAAGCAAGAGAGAAAGGACACAAUUCUUUUUCCCUUUCCUUUAAGAAGUGGUGUUGUGUAUGUUUUGGGCUGAGUCUCAUACGGUCGAUGGAGUGGUGGGGUCAUGGAGUUUGCAGUUAACCUUUCCUUCAGACAAGUGGAUACAUCAAAUUCUAAUGUAAAAGAGAAAAAAUCUAGCUCAGAAAAUGGUUGUUAGGCUUCGUUUGUCGAGGUUUGGAUGCAAAAACAAGCCAUUUUAUCGAGUCAUGGCUGCUGACAGCAGAUCUCUAAGAGAUGGGAAGCAUUUGGAAGUCUUGGGUUACUGCAAUCCUUUGCCAGGUCAGGAUGGGGGCAAACGCAUGGGCCUGAAUUUUGACAGAAUUAAAUACUGGUUAUCCGUUGGUGCCCAGCCUUCUGAACCUGUUCAGAACCUUCUUUUCAGAGCAGGGGUUCUUCCUCCACCACCAAUGCUUGCAAUGGGCCACAAGGGUGGACCACGAGACACCCGUCCUAUUGAUCCUCUAAGUGGCCAUUUCAUUACCCCCAAGAGCCCUUCCACUGCUGUUGAAUCUGGAGGUAGUGAAGGUGUAGAAAUAGAUGUGGAAGAAGCCACAUCAAACUCAUGAAUGCUCCAGCUCAUGUUUGUUUGUGUUUUGGGCUUUAGCAGCCUUGGUUCCUGCUCAGAUUAUAGACAGGAUAAUCUGAUUUCGUCUUUAUUGGAACUGUAGGAAGCUAAAGGAAAUCUUAGGUCUUUGAAAGAUGGAAAUUUUCAUGAGGUCAUGUAAUGCUCUUGCCGCUUUGCAGUUUUGCUAGAGAAUUUGAUACUUUGCUCCUUAUGUAAGGAGAUUGUGGUGAUUUACAUUUGGUGUAUCUGAUCGUAAAAAUCUCCUUUUCGUGUGAAAGGACCUAGGUCUCUUGUACAGGUAUCUUCAUCUCAGUUCAAUUGAGGGUUCUCCGAUGUGGGAUAUGGGCAAUGAAAGAUCUCUAUGAUGUCAGCAUUGUUGACGAUUGCAAUCUGCCCCAUGUAGCCAUACCUUCUGUGGGGCAUGUGGUGGUUGUGUUACAGAUCUCAAAUUGGGUCUUAUGAUGAUGCUUCUGCCGUUGUUAAAAGUUUAAUAUCGAAGUUGAUAGAUUGAACUUCUGGUAGGGAUUAAUUUGACACUUUCACAAUUCAGAAAGCUGUAUGGCCAUAUGUAAUGAAUUAAUCAGUGAAAUCUCAAACCAGUUUUUGGAA